AUGUCCCUCUCCCGUAGCCCGUCCCCUAUACCUGGCGGUGGUUGGGCCAGCCCUGGUUUAACCAUCAACACCAGCGGUCGAUCCAGUCCGAAAGGCUUCUCAGCUUCCAACGGGGCCUCGAUCCCCUGGGAAAGCGCCAAAAUGAGGUCUUCAGCUAUGAACGGAUACCCUUCUUUUUCUACCCAGAACCAAGGCUUCUUCACGAGACAUAUGCGCAGGAUAUCCAGCAGCCUGCCGCGAUUUCAUAACCAGGACCACUACACCGAGAAGGAGAAGUUUGGCAGAGGGCAAUGGGCGGCACAGAAGGUUCCUUUGGUGGGAAGGAUACGAAGCGUCUUCGCGCGCAUGGGUAGGAAGAUGAAGCUGCGCUUGCUGAUUCUCCUCUUGUUCGUGCUGGCGAUGACCAUCUUCUACAACUCCCCCCUGGUCCACUACUGGCGGAGAACGACAUGGAUUGGUGGCGGCCAGAAGUUUGUCAUCAUUCUGGCUGCGAACGUUGGCGGAGGAGUGAUGGAGUGGAAGGGCGCUCGCGAAUGGGCUAUUGAGCGGGACAGCGUGCGUAACAAGAAGAAGUAUGCCUACCGCUGGGGUUACGACCUCGAGAUUGUCGACAUGAGCACCAAGAAGAGAUACGCACACGAAUGGCGUGAGAGCUGGGAGAAGGUCGACUUUAUCCGCUCCGCCUUCCGCAAAUACCCCAAGGCUGAAUGGGUCUGGUGGCUCGAUCUCAACACAUACGUUAUGGAACUAUCGUAUCCUCUGCAGACCCAUAUCUUCAACGACAUCAACAAGCACGUCUACCGCGACAUCAACGAGUACAAUCCCUUGAACAUCACUCACCCGUUCACCGAUCCAUACCUCGACGAGGAGUCGCGAAGCCCUGUUGGCGAUGGCAAGCCCGAGUCCGUCAACCUGAUUCUGUCGCAGGAUUGCUCCGGUUUCAACCUGGGUUCCUUUUUCGUGAAGAGAAGCGCCUGGGCUGAUCGUAUGCUCGAUGUCUGGUGGGACCCCGUCGCCUACGAGCAGAAGCACAUGGAAUGGGAGCACAAGGAGCAGGACGCCCUGGAGCAAAUGUAUACGACUCAGCCUUGGAUUCGCAAGCACACAGCAUUCCUUCCGCAACGCAUGAUCAACAGUUUCCCGCCUGGCGCGUGCUCGGAGAACGGAAACGACACACGCAUCCACUACGAUCAGAAGGACCGCGACUUUGUUGUCAACAUGGCCGGCUGCGAAUGGGGCCGCGACUGCUGGGGCGAGAUGUACAACUACCGCGAGCUCAGCUACUACCUGAACCGCAACCCCUGGGAGCGCUUCAAGGAGGACCUCAUCGCCGUGCUCUGGUUCAAGCUUACCGGACAAAAGGUCAAGCUCUGA